AUGAGCGCGGUCUCCGCCGCCGCCGGGCUCCUGGCGCGCCAAUUGAAACAAAUGCAGAACGACAAGGACAUUCCCGGAAUUUCCUGCGGUCUGGUUGAUAACAAUGUGUUUGAGUGGGAAGUGAUGCUCAUGAUCAACGACGAGUGUAAAUACUAUGGAGGAGGCUUUUUCCGCGCCACCCUCUCAUUCCCACCCGAGUAUCCUUUACUGCCUCCCAAGAUGAAAUUCACCACUCCGUUAUUUCAUCCCAACAUUUACCCCUCGGGCGAAGUCUGCAUUUCGAUCCUGCACCCUCCGGAAGAGGACAAGUACGGAUACGAGUCGGCGUCGGAACGAUGGUCCCCGGUGCAAAGUCCCGAAACGAUACUGCUGAGCGUAAUCAGCAUGCUGAGCAGUCCAAAUGAUGAGAGUCCCGCGAAUGUCGAUGCGGCCAAGAUGUGGAGAGAGGAUCCCAAGGAAUUCAGGCGGCGAUGUCGAAGAGUGGUGAGGGAGAGCUUGGGUGACGAGUGA